ACAUGCUACUAUCGUUCGGGAAAGGCCUACAAGGCAUACCGCCUUCUCAAGGGACACAGCUGCACAACGCCACAAUGCAAAUACCUCCUCGCCAAGUGCUGUGUGGAACUGAGCAAGUAAGGAUGUUAUUCUGUUUCUGAUGUUUUAGUCCUCAUAGUUAUGACAUUGUGCAUGCUUUGAAUCCAGAGUGCCACCAUAUUAUUUUCUUGGCCAUGCUGCAUACUGCAGCCAAGUGGAUUUAGGGUCGUACUCUUCUGUCAUGCAAGAAUUGAAUACAAUAUUUCCUCAAACAAGGAUUAAAGAGGGCCAGUCCGAGGACAAGAGGCCUGGAUAGCUCCCCUCCUCUUUGACCCCCGUAUGCUCACAUCAGUGGUCCGGUCCUCUUCUCUUCCCAGGCUUGCAGAGGGAGAGCAGAUCCUGACAGGGGGGGUCCUGAACAAACAGAAGAGCCAGGAGGACAUUGUCACAGAGUUUGGAGACUCUGCCUGUUUCACAUUGUCCCUGUUGGGGCAAAUCUAUUGGUAGGAUAACCGUGUUCAUUACUUAAUUGUUGACCAAUCUAAAGCAUGUUCGGGGAACGUUUUCAAUUGAGAGCUGAUUGCUUGUGUGCUAGCUAUCACAUAGCAAUACCUAAUGUUUUACUAUGCAACUGGAGUAUAUCAUUGCUAAUUGAUUAUUGUACGUGGUUUGAGUGAUAGACAUUGUACCUUAGUGAAGAGGGUUGGGCGUAGCAGUGCCUUGAUGUUUGUUUGUCGAGAUGGACACGUUUAUUGUAUCCUGAAGGAAACCUUGUUAAUUCAGCUUCCCAUGGUGUUGCUAAUGAAAUAAAGGGAGCAGAAAUUGAGAAUUGGAGAGGAGGCAUGUCUGUGAAUGAUAUUUGAAUGUUACCUUUGUCAAUUAAAAUGGACAAUUUGAAUGCAGCAAGCGGCUGCAGCAGGAUGUGUCCCUUUCUACAGAGAUACCGUAUUUAGAACAUGAUGUAAGCUCAGCCAGUGGGCUAGAAUGUCCGAGCAUUUAAUGAUCACUUAGUCAUGAACAUCAUGUCACAGUUUAGACGUGCAUGAACCACAAUCAAAAUGCUGUUGUCUCAAUUUCAAAGGUGUAACCAUCUCAGAAAUCAGACUCUAAACAACAACGUGGUAUGCUGAUAUAUUUCAGUGCUGUUGCAUUAUUACUGUGUGAUGUCAGGAAAACCAAUGUAGCGGUUAAGCAAAGGUAAUUGGUCUGGUAUCUAACAUGUGACCGUAAUACAACCAUAAAUGCCCAGUGAGUGGUUGCUUCCUCUUUAUAAAUGAGAUUUGAGGUAUAGGAGCAAGCUAAUCCUGGCAAAGAUAUUAGCUGGAAUGUUCUAAAUUAGAUUAACGUGACCGGGUGCAAUGUGUUUUGUUGUGUGAUUGCACGUACGCGGCUGUCACCCACACGCAUCACUCAAUAUCGAGAAUAUCAUUUUCUUCUUUCGUCUGUCUGUGCAGCAAAACGGAUCGUCUGGCCAAAGGUUCGGAAUGUUAUCAGAAGAGCCUGAGCAUGAAUCCUUUCCUGUGGUCUCCCUUUGAGUCCCUCUGUCAGAUCGGUGAGUCAAUCAAUCAGCUAGGGUGGGUGGGUAGGGAAGUUAGUUAUAUAAUGCAUGUUAAGAUGAUAGAGUAGAAUAUGUAUUUGCAUGAACAAUAGAGUUUGAUUCACUUGUCAUAGUAAGACAAAAAGGAGAAACUUCACACUGGUCCUAAUCCCAUGCAUGAUGGCAGAACCAAAUCUAAUUCCCUGACCAGUGCUCAGGUUCAAAUCCACUCUCAAUUCCCUCUCCCUGUUCUUAAACUGAUUGUAUUAACCUGUAUCUUUGUCAGGCGAUCGUCCGGACCCGGAGCAGAUCUUCAGACUGACGUCCCUGCAGUGCUUCAGCGGCGGGAGUGGAGCCCCUCCCCUGCUCCCCAUCAGCCCCGCCCACACGCCAAGCCACAACAUGCCCCACCGCCAGGUGGACACGGUGCUCAUGGAGACGCCCCAGGACACCUUAGUACGUCCCUUCAACUCCCCCUGUCCAUUUAAACCCAGUAUUCCUGUCAUUCAUAUUUUUCUACAGCCAGGUUUGGCUCUCUUUACAAUGAUGGCUUGCAUUGCAUUGUCUUGGUACCAAGAUGAAAGAGUGUUUGACCUGGUGUUUAUUUAUAAGUAUGAAAAUGUAUGCACUCACUAACUGUAAGUCGCUCUGGAUAAGAGCGUCUGCUAAAUGACUAAAAUGUAAAAAUGUGUUUGGUCAGGGGUUGGGACUGUGGAAGAAUGUGAUCUGUGAACACUAGGGGUGUAACGGUAUUCUUACUGGGGACAUCGGUUCUGUCUGCACUGUGAACCCAAAUUAAUACAUUAUAUAUAAAAAUAACACUAGUAAGCUAUUCCUUUAAAACAACUAGAGCCUAUGUGCACGUUGUAAUCCAAAUUCUAAUCUUAAUUGGCGCAUUUCAAAUGAUCAUUUUGUAAGGAGCAGUCGGGAACUAGUUCUGUACGAUGGUGAGUGGUGGGGUUGAUAAACCAGAAUUUGAGGAUACUCCAUCGUUUAAAUAUCCAGUUUGGGAACAUUUUGGCUUCCCAGUAGAAGCAAAAAUGUAUUGAACUUAGAAGGAAAUCAACUAAAAGUAUUGAAUUUAUUAGAACAUUAAUUUGCCCAAGAUGAUGGUAAGACGUGAACAAAAUACAUAAGUCAUUUGUAUUUUCCUUCAACUUUCUGAGGAGGCAACGGCGCGGGAAUGCCCCUGUCUGUGUGUGUGUGCGUUUGUCUGCCACUAUGUAACCGUUAGUGAUGAUGCUAAUGACAACAGUCUUCUGGUAGAUGGAAAGGCUUUCCCAAAAACCUUCUCAAUGAAAUGUUAACUACAAAGUAGUCUAUGCUUACCUGGCAGAAUGAUAUCAUGAUUAUUUGCAUCAAUCCAGUGGUGAUUUGUUCAGGAAAAUCUGUAAUCACGUGUGGUACAGAAUCACCGCUAACCAAGCAAGGCUCUUGCUGGCGCACACCUAAAUUUAAAGUUGAUCUACACCCAAAAUGUGUAAUUUCUUAGAUUUCUCCCAGACCUCAUUGUUUCCUGAUGUGGUUUAAGAAUUGUUGUGGACCUCCAUGAAUUUGUUUAUUUUACCCCCUUUUUCUCCCCAAUUUCGAUCAUCGCUGCAACUCCCCAACUGGCUCGGGAGGCGAAGGUCGGGUCAUGCGUCCUCCGAAACAUGACCUGCCAAACCGCGCUGCUUAACACCCGCCCGCUUAACCUGGAAGCCAGCCGCAACUAUGUGUCAGAGGAAACACCGUUCAACUGAUGACCGAGGUCAGCCUACAGGCGCCCGGCCCGCCACAACGAGUCGCUAGAGAGUGAUGAGUCUAAUAAAUCCCCUUGGCCAAAUCCUCCUCUAACCUGGACGACGCUGGGCCAAUUGUGCGCCGCCCUAUGGGACUCCCGAUCACAGGCAGUUGGCAUACAGCCCGGGAUAGAACCCGGGUCUGUAGUGACGCCUCUAGCACUGCGAUGCAAUGCCUUAGACCGCUGCGCCAUUCGGGAGGCCCCAGGACCUCCAAUUUUUGAGAGUGAACCUGAAAAACGGGACAAAUCUGAAACCUGGAAAAACAAACUGGAACCAGGCAAAAAAUAAAACAGAUUUUAUAGGGCCAUACAUUAUAUGGCUCAUGAUCUAUUCCCGGGUUAGUUUGACAUCUUUUGCCAACACUAAAAUGAUCUACAGUAACGUUUGGCAUUUUAUUUUCCCGCUGUACCGAACCGUGACCCAAAACCGCAAUAUGUACCGAACCGUGGGUUUGGUGAACCGUUACACCCCUAGUGAACACUUUAUGAUAAAUAGCACUUCACAAGCAAAGACCUAAUAAUCUGUCUAUCCAAAUGUGCACAGAAGAACUGACAACCGCUGUCUCGUUCCCUUUUCCUCCCCUGUAGGAAUUAAACAGACUGAACCUGGAGUCUUCCAACUCCAAGUACUCAUCUCUGAACACAGACUCCACUAUGUCCUACAUCGACUCAUCCGUCAUCUCCCCGGACACCGUAGGGCCUCUGGGGACAGGCGGCUCCCUGCUAUCCAAACAAGUGCAGAACAAACCCAAGAGUGGGCGCAGUCUACUGGGGGGGAGCACUCAGCCCCCUCACACCCAGGUACUGGGGGUCUCACUCCCUACACACACAUAUGAGAUGUUUUUUCUCAGUAGAGGCUCUAUUACAUGUUGGGCUGUUUUAUCAUAAGUGGAUAGAUAACGCGUGCCUGUGUCAAUCUGCCCUAGAAGUGUCGUAUGGCACUGUAUUUUGAGUGUGGCGUGUAUUCCCUAUGUGUUGAGGCACUCCCAUUUUUCCCUUUUCGACUACGUUUACAGUGUCAUUAUGUAGGGUGUCCACCCACUCUGCCGAGAGUGGGUAAAAACGCGCUUUGGUGAUGCAAUUUCAAUUCCUUAUGUUAUAAAAUACAUUUUACCAAGACAAAUGUUUAUUCAUGUUCUGAAUCUUUCAGUGGGGUCUUUCUCUAACACAUCAACAUUAUAUCAAAAAAGUUGCAUUUCGUAACCUAAUACAUCCGUUAAUAAGCAUUAAGCUCUGACAUAGCGGUGCAGGUUUCUCGUAACAACUUUUGAGGAUUUAGCAUUUUGUGGGUGUCUUCAAAGUUGUUUUCCGUGGGUCGCAAAAAGCUAAAUUAGCAUGACAAGAGCUGGAUUAAAUGUAAAAGGCUUUGAAGAGAAAAACGCUCAAUGCUCUGUUGACAUUUCACAGAGAUACGUUUGUUUUUGUGAGAAAUCUUCUAAAAAGAACAGGAAUUUCGCAUUAAUAUAAAAAGCAUAUACUAAAAUAUGAAAGCACUACAUAUCAUGUCUCAAUCUAUAUCUAUCUUACCUCUAUAUUGUUUUAUGUCCUCUGGAUUUGAGAAGAAAGAUUUUUAAUUAAAGUAAUUAAUAUGCCAUUUAGCAGACGCUUUUAUCCAAAGCGACUUACAGUCAUGCGUGCAUACAUUUUUGUGUAUGGGUGGUCCCGGGGAUCGAACCCACUACCUUGGCGUUACAAGCGCCGUGCUCUACCAGCUGAGCUACAGAGGACGAUGAGUUCAACUGUGAGCCUGCCAGUUUGCCUUAAUUCUCGCACAGCAUCCAGCCUAGCUGACGCAAUGCUAUUUUCCUGUAUUUUGACCACUUUUCUUCUCUGGCCAUUGAUUUAGUCACCCUAAUUUUGGCAAUCCUACAAGGGUGAAAACUCCAAUAACUUUUGAAUGAAUUAUGAUAGAGACAUGAUAUUUGGAGCAUUGGUUUUCCUUAGAAUGUUAUCUGCCCAAUUUAUGUUAUUUUAUCCAUUGGUCAAAAUAUGCGUUUUUGAUUGGACACCCUACAUUAUGGAGGCUUAUGAAUUGGCAUUCUGCUCAGAACAUUAUUCUAUUGUCAGCGAUCACUCCGCUAGUAAUUUGUCCAUGGCUUUGAAAAUUGUAGUCAAGUAACAUUAUCUAGGCUAUAUUUUGAUAUUGUGCACCUGGCUGCAGUACAUACUGGUCUCUCAUUCAUUCAUCCUCCAGCUCCAUUGUCCACUAGCCUGUAAUUAGGGAGACUGUAAUGAUAAUUGGCUUCAGAGGACGCCUUGAUUACUGCUUUCCAGAUUUUGUCCUCUACGACGGCUUUGUUCUGUGUGGGCUUCUCUACCUGUGUUACAGGCUGCUCUGGUAGUGAGUGGUACUGUAACUGGAUGUAAAUGGGGACUUCUGGAUGAUGGGCAAAAUUUUACAGAGCUGAAUAAGUCAACAAUGUAUAUGAUGAGAUGAUGAUUAUUUUUAUACUGAGAAUCCGUUUGAAUCCUCUUAUUCCCAGUUUUGGAAUCUUGCCCCUGGAGCCCAGCCCAGGGGACCCCUUGUAUCUGCAGAACUACUCUCACAGUGGCUCGGGGAUGGAUCUGCCCCCUCCCGGAGUCCCACCAAAGAAGGUACGCUAUAAUGAAGCCAACACGCCAAACGCUAUGUGGCUCUCCUAUUUGGAGUGUUGAUCGAAGAGCAACAUACUGUGUGUAAAAAUCGAUCUAUGCACGCUUAAUAGAAAACAAUUCAACUUCAGAGGAGAUUCCUUUCAUUUCAGUGACGGAUUGAACAAAGCAGAAGGUCAAAGAUGUUUUGUUGGACAUUUUUGAAUAGCUUGUUCCCACUUUUCCACAGUCUGUAGCGAGAAUCAGUCAGGCGGGGACGAAGUCGGUGUUUGCACAGAGUGGUAACAGCAGGGAGGUCAUCCCUGUCCCUUUCAACCAGACUCAGACCACUGCCCCCCCACAGACCAGGUAUGUGCUCAUUACCAGGCCCAUAUGGACCCAUGUUUACACAAUGGAAAUGCAGAGAUGUUGCCAAAAAAGACAGCUGUCCUCACAUUACUUUUUUACGUAUUAUUUUCAGUGCGAAUUCAUGCAGGGUGAAAUUGUGUAAAUGUUAUAUGAAAUCGUGAUCCAUACUUGUUUUGAGUCAAGUGUUGUGCUUUAAACUUGAAACAUUGCAGCAUUUUUGCAUGGUCAAAAUGUCACUCAUGGUGUUGGUGUUCUGUGCUAAUGGUUGUCUAAGUAUGAAGACCUGAUGACCAUUGUUCUGCUCUGUUUGUCUGUGCCUACUGUAGUACUACGCCUCAAGUGCUGAGCCCCACCAUCGCUGCUCCCCCCAAUGUGCAGCCCAGGCGGAGCUCCAGACUCUUCACCAGUGCCAGCUCUACUGCCAAGGUAACAUACAGUGGGGAGAACAAGUAUUUGAUACACUGCCGAUUUUGCAGGUUUUCCUACUUACAAAGCAUGUAGAGGUCUGUAAUUUUUAUCAUAGGUACACUUCCACUGUGAGAGACGGAAUCUAAAACAAAAAUCCAGAAAAUCACAUUGUAUGAUUAAGAAAUUAAUUUGCAUUUUAUUGCAUGACAUAAGUAUUUGAUCACCUACCAACCAAUAAGAAUUCCGUCUCUCACAGACCUGUUAGUUUUUCUUUAAGAAGCCCUCCUGUUCUCCACUCAUUACCUGUAUUAACUGCACCUGUUUGAACUCGUUACCUGUAUAAAAGACACCUGUCCACACACUCAAUCAAACAGACUCCAACCUCGCCACAAUGGCCAAGACCAGAGAGCUGUGUAAGGACAUCAGGGAUAAAAUUGUAGACCUGCACAAGGCUGGGAUGGGCUACAGGACAAUAGGCAAGCAGCUUGGUGAGAAGGCAACAACUGUUGGCGCAAUUAUUAGAAAAUGGAAGAAGUUCAAGAUGACGGUCAAUCACCCUCGGUCUGGGGUUCCAUGCAAGUUCUCACCUUGUGGGGCAUCAAUGAUCAUGAGGAAGGUGAGGGAUCAGCCCAGAACUACAGGGCAGGACCUGGUCAAUGACCUGAAGAGAGCUGGGACCACAGUCUCAAAGAAAACCAUUAGUAACACACUACGCCGUCAUGGAUUAAAAUCCUGCAGCGCACGCAAGGUCCCCCUGCUCAAGCCAGUGCAUGUCCAGGCCCGUCUGAAGUUUGCCAUCUGGAUGAUCUAGAGGAGGAAUGGGAGAAGGUCAUGUGGUCUGAUGAGACAAAAAUAGAGCUUUUUGGUCUAAACUCCACUCGCUGUGUUUGGAGGAAGAAGAAGGAUGAGUACAACCCCAAGAACACCAUCCCAACCGUGAAGCAUGGAGGUGGAAACAUCAUUCUUUGGGGAUGCUUUUCUGCUAAGGGAACAGGACGACUGCACCGUAUUGAGGGGAGGAUGGAUGGGGCCAUGUAUCGCGAGAUCUUGGCCAACAACCUCCUUCCCUCAGUAAGAGCAUUGAAGAUGGGUCGUGGCUGGGUCUUCCAGCAUGACAACGACCCGAAACACACAGCCAGGGCAACAAAGGAGUGGCUCCGUAAGAAGCAUCUCAAGGUUCUGGAGUGGCCUAGCCAGUCUCCAGACCUGAACCCAAUAGAAAAUCUUUGGAGGGAGCUGAAAGUCCGUAUUGCCCAGCGACAGCCCCAAAACCUGAAGGAUCUGGAGAAGGCCAAAAUCCCUGCUGCAGUGUGUGCAAACCUGGUCAAGACCUACAGGAAACGUAUGAUCUCUGUAUUUGCAAACAAAGGUUUCUGUACCAAAUAUUAAGUUCUGCUUUUUUGAUGUAUCAAAUACUUAUGUCAUGCAAUAAAAUGCUAAUUAAUUACUUAAAAAUCAUACAAUGUGAUUUUCUGGAUUUUUGUUUUAGAUUCCGUCUCUCACAGUUGAAGUGUACCUAAAUUACAGACCUCUACAUGGUUUGUAAGUAGGAAAACCUGCAAAAUCGGUAGACAUGUUUCUGACGUCAGCAGAGGUCUUUGAGAUGCUAAACACAAACAAACAUGCAUUCCUCAACAGGAGAACAGCAAGAAGCUGAAAAUGAAGUUCCCCACCAAAAUCCCCAACCGGAAGACCAAGUCAAAAAUGGGCAAGGGAGGUAUCACCCAAUCCAACCUGAACGAGAGCAUUGAGAUCCUCAAGCUGGACUCGUCCAUGACAGAGGGGAAAGUCAGUAUGGGCUCUCCUCAGUUCCAGGCCUUCAGUCUGCAGAAGGCUGCUGCAGGUGAACUGGGACACUGUUAGAAUGAACUCUCACACAUUGACUUUCAAUGAGUCUUCUUUACCUGACCAUAUCAAGAUGUUGAGCUGAGCUGUAGGGAUACACUGCCAUUUUAAAAACAAAUUAUGUCAAAGUAAUGCAGUAGGUUUCUGACACUUUUUAAAAACUUUGUUGAGUUGCUGUUAUAAUAGUCUUAUUAGCCACCUUGUCAUACUUUAGCUAUGACUAACACAAACAAAACGGAACAAUGUCCUUAUAAAGAUGCCAUCACAAGUCCUUAUCUCCAACCCCUCUGUGUUCCAGAUGGCCUGAUGAUGCUGAUGCGAGACAUCGGCCGGGGGUACCUGGCCCUCUGCUCCUACAACUGUAAAGAGGCCAUCAGCAUCCUGAGCCAGCUGCCCUCCCAUCACUACAACACAGGGUGGGUCCUGGGACAGAUCGGCAGGGCCCACUUUGAGCUGGCCGAAUACAUGCAGGUAAGGGAGGGCCUUUUGCUAGGUUCACCUUUCACACUUAAAACAGGGAUUGUGGGCAUCUGAAGCUAGAUGUACUCCUGUCCUUACUACAAUUUCACAGGGUUUAGACUGUCAAAUGGAUGGAAAGAGUGGACGAUGGCUGUGUAUGGUGGCUUUUGCUACUUCUCAAUGGCUCGAUUAGAAACUUUUCUCACUCUUUGUCUCCUGUCCCCUCCUUGCAGGCGGAGAGGAUCUUCUCGGAGGUGCGGCGCAUCGAGAGCUACCGGGUGGAGGGCAUGGAGAUUUACUCCACCACCCUGUGGCACUUGCAGAAGGACGUGGCCCUGUCGGCCCUGUCCAAAGACCUCACCGACAUGGACAAGAAUUCACCAGAGGUAACACAGACUGGGACAAACAGUUGCACGUACCGUAACCACGUCUAGUCAUUUGAGACUUUUUGGGGGAAAUGCUUACAAGUGAUUCUGUCUUGGAGUAUGGUUGCCUUAAUCUAAAAGAUCCAUCUUUUUGUUUCUUCUGCUCCUAUUUCUAUCAUCACCCUUUUCUCUCCUCUUCUAUUCCCUCCCUCCUCAACUCUGUCUUUUUGUCCCCUUAGGCAUGGUGUGUGGCUGGCAACUGUUUCAGUCUGCAGAGGGAGCAUGACAUAGCCAUUAAGUUCUUCCAACGUGCCAUCCAGGUGAACCCGGGAUUUGCCUAUGCCUACACGUUGCUAGGCCACGAGUUUGUCCUCACAGAGGAGCUGGAGAAGGCUCUGGCUUGCUUCCGUAACGCCAUUAGAGUCAAUACACGCCACUACAAUGCCUGGUGAGUUAGUGCACAACCUUGGAGUGAUAGUGGAUGUGACAGAAUCUGAAUUACAAUCGUAAUAGAUGUGAAAUGCUAUGUUAUUAUAUUACCAUACUAUUUUAUUUUAUUUCCUCUGUGUUGUAGUACUCCAGUCCGGUCUCGGUCUUGAGACCACAUAUUGAGUGUCUUGUCUCUGUGUCGGAUACAUUUGUACUCGGUCUUGAAUCGGUCUCGGACAGUGAGGACUCGUAAUUUCUUCCCGAGACCAGCGGAGUAAAAAAACUCAUAAUUAUCAGCUUCCAUUCAGUCAGCGCAUAAAAUCGCUUCACCAGGCCAAAUAAACUUAGCAGGACCCUGUCUUUCAAAGAUAAUUUGUAAAAAUCCAAAUAACUUACAAUUUCAGUUGUAAAGGGUUUAAACACUGUUUCCCAUGCUUGUUCAAUUAACCAUUAACAAUUAAUGAACAUGCAUCUGUGGAAUGGUCGUUAAGACACUAACAGCUUACAGUCGGUAGGCAAUUAAGGUCACAGUUAUGAAAACUUAAGACACUAAAGAGGCCUUUCUACUGACUCCAAAAAAACACCAAAAGAAAGAUGCCCAGGAUCCCUGCUCAUCUGCGUGAACGUGCCUUAGGCAUGCUGCAAGGAGGCAUGAAGACUGCAGAUGUGGCCAGGGCAAUAAAUUGCAAUGUCCAAACUCUGAGACGCUUAAGACAGCGCUACAGGACGGACGGACAGCUGAUCGUCCUCCCAGUGGCAGACCACGUGUAACAACACCUGCACAGGAUCGGUACAUCCAAAACUCACACCUGCGGGACAGGUACAGGAUGGCAACAAAAACUGCCAGAGUUACACCAGGAACGCACAAUCCCUCCAUCAGUGCUCAGACUGUCUGCAAUAGGCUGAGAGAGGCUGGACUGAGGGCUUGUAGGCCUGUUGUAAGGCAGGUCCUGACCAGACAUCACCGGCAACAACGUCGCCUAUGGGCACAAACCCACCGUCGCUGGGUCGCUGGACCAGACAGGACUUGGAAAAAGUGCUCUUCACUGACGAGUCGCAGUUUUGUCUCACCAGGGGUGAUGGUCGGAUUUGCGUUUAUUGUCGAAGGAAUGAGCGUUACACCGAGGCCUGUACUCUGGAGCGGGAUCGAUUUGGAGGUGGAGGGUCCGUCAUGGUCUGGGGCGGUGUGUCACAGCAUCAUCGGACUGAGCUUGUUGUCAUUGCAGGCAAUCUCAACGCUGUGCGUUACAGGGAAGACAUCCUCCUCCCUCAUGUGGUGCCCUUCCUGCAGGCUCAUCCUGACAUGACCCUCCAGCAUGACAAUGCCACCAGCCAUAAUGCUCGUUCUGUGUGUGAUUUCCUGCAAGACAGGAAUGUCAGUGUUCUACCACGGCCAGCGAAGAGCCCGGAUCUCAAUCCCAUUGAGCACGUCUGGGACCUGUUGGAUCGGAGGGUGAGGGCUAGGGCCAUUCCCCCCAGAAAUGUCCGGGAACUUGCAGGUGCCUUGGUGGAAGAGUGGGGUAACAUCUCACAGCAACAACUGGCAAAUCUGGUGCAGUCCAUGAGGAGGAGAUCACGCAGUACUUAAUGCAACUGGUGGCCACACUUUGAUUUUGACCCCCCCCCCCCUUUGUUCAGGGACACAUUAUUCAAUUUAUGUUAGUCACAUGUCUGUGGAACUUGUUCAGUUUAUGUCUCAGUUGUUGAAUCUUGUUAUGUUCAUACAAAUAUUUACACAUGUUAAGUAUGCUGAAAAUAAACACAGUUGACAGUGAGAGGACGUUUCUUUUUUUUGCUGAUUUUUAUAUACACUCCUUUCUUGAAACAUGAAUAUCUUAACAGCCUUUAUAUCUAUUAUAGACAUGUUUGUGCAGAGGCGAACUUAUAGGCAUUCCGUGUGUGACAGGUUCGUGACUCUGAAAGGACAGCAACCAUAAUACCAGCGCACUCAUGUAGGAGAGUGUACUUUUUGUAAACACAAAGGGCUCGUGGUGUAGUGGAGGGUAUAGGCAGGUAUAAACCCUAUACCCUGUUUUUCACACAGGGUGCCUUUUCUUCACUGGGCGGGCCGUUUCAGGAUGCAUGGUUUCAGUUUCAAUUACUCAAUAUUCUGGAUAAAAACGGAUGAAUGUAACUAAAGUUGGGAAUGUCAAUACAAUCAAACUAACAAGGGCAAUGAUCACAAGUCAGUCAUAACGUGGCUAAUAGGCCAUCUAUUUAUGUAGCAAGCUAAAAACAUGGAGCUAACGCUACCUAGGUAGUUAGCAGGAUGUCAUGACAUUGGAGGAGUGGGUGAGUGACUGACUUUCCCCCCCUCAUAUCAUUUUUCGGUGGCUAUACACAGCUAGAGAUGCAGGUGUCAUUUGGUUAGCUAGCAAUAACUUGAAACGACUGUUAUACAGUUAGCAUAUCUCUUGCGUUCGCAAAUUCACUCUGGCUAUCUACUCUGAUUUCAGAGCACUCUCGUCUGAUUGUGCCAGAGCGCAGGACAACUGAUGAAUUUACGAACACGCAACACCUGCUGAAUAUGACCGGUGUCAGUAAACGUAGGCAAAAAAAGUAAUAGUUAGUCAAGAACGCUCUAGAUAACAUGUAAACAGCUAACGAGCUCUGCUACGGUGAGUAAAAGGGUCAGAGUGAGGUGUUCUCUCAUUUGUGUCUGGAAGCAGCUAGCUAGCCAACUUUAGCCAGUUAGCUUGGUUGGGACAAGCAUGCAUGGGCAGGCAAGCUGCAGAAGGAUGAGGAGGCUACAAUUCCCCAUUGUUUAGCUGAAAAAGUGUGAGUGUUUAUCUAAUGUUCCUUCGUUAGAUUUUAGCUCCUCUUGCUCUGGCUAGCAUUAGUUGUUGAUGUGCAUAACUGAGGGAGAGAGAGCCUACCUUGUCAUGGUUGUUUGAUGAAUAGAAAUGUAAAGUUCCCAAAUGUAAGAGGACUACCAUGGCGUUUACAUAUUUGCAGAAAUCCAUUCAGGUGUAUUUUGUGGCUUUUGGCGAAUGCGUUCUAAUGAUCUAAAGUCGCACUAUUGCAAAUGACUGUAAACACACAGUCCAGUUCAAAGUGAAUUAUGGCAGGCCCGUGUGGCAAAUGGCUUGUUUGUAUAAAGGUCUAUUGUAGCUCUGAUUGGCUAUAGCGCACCGGUCUGUGUAGACUCCGGUCCCGGACAAGACAGAUGUUUUUAUUCAGUUUUAUUUACUGCACUGUCUAUUAAUUGUACAAACGCAAGGCCACUUUCCCACUCUAUAUUGCUAUAGAAUUUUCACAAAUGCCUUAGUAUACGUAAUUCCUACAUUUAUGAAAAUGACCAUAUCUAAGUGGUCAUUCUUCCUGGGAUGUAUAUGAACUGUUUUUUUUUAAUACGAUUUCAUGUUGCUAAAACGCUGUCAGUUCCACUUUAAAUGGAACACUGUUUCACACACAUUAUUUUCAAAGAUGGCUAUCAACAGCAAGCGCACUGCAAUAUAAAUCACAGUUCCACUCACCAGAUGAUGAUCAUUUGAAACUUCUUGUUGAAAGUUAUUCUUGAAAUAGGGAGAAGCUAACAAAUUAACAACAUUGUCUUUGAUAACACCUGCUGCAGCCGCUGCAAACUACCCGACAACAAAAGCUAGCUAGCUAACUAGACCGUGGGAAAACUACUGCUCGCUAUUGCGCAGUGACCUGUUGGCCUUCAAGAAGGCAGCAGUUUCCAUAUGUUUUUGUAAAAACGGUCCCACUCAUUAAGUCCAAAUGUGAUUGGUUGAUUCCACUGUCACUCCAAUGUUUUUCCCUAUUACAGUUGAAUGGCAGAUGCCUUUAUCUAGCUUCUGAUGGCCUGGCGAAUGGCUGACUUAGCUAGCUAGAUGUAUCUCCCCAGAGACCAGCAAAGAAAUAUCCUGAUUGGAUCUUUUUUUCUCUUCAGCGUUAACCCUUGCCUUACCAACAAAAACUGAAAAGAUUAAGUCAGAACAUCAUUGAAAAUAAUGAUAUAAUUAUCAUUAUUAUUAUAGUCAUUAUUUUAUCAAUUCUUAGCCCUUCUCUGAAGGCGUAGAAGGCCCAUUGUUCCCCACUGUGUUUGGGUUAGUAAUAAUUUGUAGAGUGGCUCUAUUGUUCUGAAAUUUGAACACAAAUACUGGACAUUUUGAACUCGAACAAUCAUGGUCUUGAAUUGGACUCACAUUUUUCUGGUCUUGACUCAGUCUCGGACCCCUUGUCCCCCUCCUGGUCUCUGUCUUCACUUGGUCUCACCCCCCCCCCCCCCCCCCUCCGGCCUUGGUCAUGAAUCGGUCUCGCUUUAGGUGGUCUCGAACACAACACUGUAUUACCUGUAUUAUGUUAUUAUUUGACCUUAUGUUAUUAUAUGACCUUAUAAUGCAGAUUAAUAAGCAAAAGUCUCAAUAAGGAAUUCAAACAAAUGUGUCAUAUUUUGAUGUUAUUGAAUAAUUUAUGAUUAUGGGAGACGCUUGUUAUCUCACUUUUCGCUCGUUCUCUCUCUCCCUCCAUCUCCAGGUAUGGCUUGGGGAUGAUCUACUACAAGCAGGAGAAGUUCAACCUGGCAGAGAUUCACUUCAAGAAGGCACUUAGCAUCAACCCUCAGAGCUCUGUGCUCCUCUGCCACAUCGGAGUGGUGAGUGGCCACUACACUCAGUCUUUCAGCUCACUCAGUCUGUCAGGGCACUUCAAGACAUUGCAUGCUGAAUUUUUUUUUUUUACCAUCUUUGUGUUUUAGAAAAACACUUUAUAAAUUAUAUGUAUUAUUAUUGUUACUAUUUUCAUAGCCUGUAGUAUUUUACAUUUUGGUACUUGAGUUACAUUUCUCCAAUGUCCUUUAUGGCACGCUAACUAACUCGCUCCAUGUUUCCUGUUGUUUCCACACAGGUUCAGCAUGCACUGAAGAAGUCUGACCAUGCUUUGGAAACCCUGAAUAGAGCAAUCAACAUAGACCCCAAGAACCCUCUAUGCAAAUUCCACAGGGCCUCCAUCCUCUUCGCUAAUGAAAAGUACAAGGUAGGUCCAUAUGGCAUUUCAUAAGCGACCACCGACUAACCUACUUUUCAGCAGAAUUCCUCUUCCGUAUUAAUAUUAUCAUUAUUUUCUAUUGGUUAAGUCUAAUCAAAAAAUUAUAAUUGUGUUCCCUUUUCAGGCAGCUCUACAAGAGCUUGAAGAGCUUAAACAAAUAGUGCCCAAAGAGUCCCUUGUUUACUUUUUAAUAGGAAAGGUAAGCAAAUGUAAACUUUUUUCUUUGUGGGGAUUAAGAGGAAAGGAGCAGACCAUAAGUGAAGAAUUUACUGUCACUUUGAUACUCCUACUCAAUAAUAGACCACUUUACACUCACCUCUCAAAUCUCAUACAGUCUGACUUUGUGCAAUGCACUAAAUAGCUAUGAGAGAUUUAUGACAUCAAAUGUUAUUUGUCACAUGCGCCGAAUACAACAGGUAUAGUGUAGACCUUACCGUGAAACGCUUACUUACGAGCCCUUCACCAACAAUGAAGAGUUUUUAAAAAGUAAUACAAAUUUGCUAAAUAAACUAAAGGAGAAAUAGUAACACAAUAAAAUAACAAUAACGAGGCUAUAUACAAGGGGUACCGGUAAUGAGUCAAUGUGCAGGGGUACAGGUUAGUUCACGUAAUAUGUACAUGUAGUUAGGGGUAAAGUGACAUAUUUCCUAGUUGUCCUGCUCUAAUCAUAUGCUUUCCUCCCUAUUGCUCCCUUCAGGUGUAUAAGAAGCUGGGCCAGACCCACUUGGCGUUGAUGAACUUCUCCUGGGCCAUGGACCUGGAUCCCAAAGGAGCCAAUAAUCAGAUCAAAGAGGCCAUAGACAAGAGGUACCUCCCUGACGACGAGGAGCCUGUCACUGAGGACUACCCCUAUGACUCAGGUACAACCACUGUGACUGCCAUGACCGACUGAUGCAUGGCUAUGACCAUUUAGUUCCCUGUUAAUGACGGCAAUGACCUGUACAUUUGUUAUGAGUUGCAGCAUCAUUUAUGAAUGCAAAGUAUUUGACAGCCUUACAAUUAAACAUUGAGUACUAGUAGUAAUUAAUUUUGAGUCAAUACACUUCAGAAUUUGAAUAGUAUAUGUGAAACACUCCAGAAAGGUGUAGCCAAGUGGCUUAACACUAAAGUACAGAUUUUAGGGCGAGAAUGCCAAUAUUGUCAGGCUUCUGUGUAUUCAUGUUACUUCAAGAAAGAAGCUGAAAAGUGUCAGACUGUCAGGAACCAUGCUUUGACCUCUGACCUCCACCUUGUCCCCAGCAGCUGAGGUGGAGGAGUCGCAGGAGAGCAGUAUGACCGACGCAGACGACGCGCAGCUCCACACCGCCGAGAGUGACGAGGUCCUG